ACAGUAUUGUCGCGUCAUCAAAUAAUACUGUGAUAUUACUGAAUUAAUUAGAAUCAAAAUAAAUGAUAAAACCACGAAUGAGUGUCUAACUUCUUUCAACACCCAGAUCCGGCAUAAAUAAAUAAUUAAUGAUAAAAUAAAAUUUACAUUAUGGUCCCUCGAGCCGGAUCGGGUGUUGGAAAUCGCGUAAAAUCUUCACAGACUCUAAAUUCAUCGCGCUAUGUGUUCAAGUUUUAAUUCAACAACUAAUUAACUCAGAUUCACUCACGUAUGGAAAUCAACGGCAAUCGUCUACAAUCAAUUCCAAUCCACUCAGGAAAUCGAAGGAUGUCGGAUCUGCAUGAGAAUCUAGAGGCGAUACUUCAAGAGGACAUGUCUCGUGACUUACCCGAGACGACAAUCAUCGCCGAUGGCUUUCUCCAACCGUCAUCCUCACCUGAACGCACCCACACAACUCAAGCUGAUGAUAUGGAUCAAGGAUACAUCAGUGACUCCAGUGACAUUUCAUUCAUUAGCUCACAAUCAUCUCAGGACUUAUCCAGAAAGAGCAUGUCCUGGUAUCUUGCUCGCAUAUUCGAGUUCGAGCUCAAGGUCAUGAGUCAGAUCACUGGACUCAAAACGCUGCAAGGUCAUGAGAAUCUUUCAGCCACAUUCACGGAAUCUGAUGGAUUUGACUUCAUCCAUUCACGCCUUGCUCUCCUGGAGGACGAAUGGCAUCGGUUCACCUCCACUAAUGAUAGUUUCACUCAAUUUUGCACUGUGGAUGUCCUGACAAGCUCAUACGUCCAAGAUAACAUUUAUGAUCAAGCCUACACAGCAUAUAUUGAUGCAAAACUCAACAUAACCACGCUUAUUAACAAAAUCAAUAUUUCAUCAGAUACUUUCAAGAUCAACACGCAGCUCAACUCGCAACAUUCAGUAAUCAAUCUUCCAUCACUUAAUAUCAAGCCAUUUUCUGGAGACUAUGGACUAUGGCCCGAGUUCAAGAAGACAUUCAUGUCUUUAGUAAUCAACAACGUUGGAUUAGCACCAGUGCAAAGGCUCCAUUAUCUGCAGACCAGCCUGACUGGUUCAGCUGCGUCAAUCAUAGCACAUUUUCCAAUGUGUAACUCUCAAUUCAUACACGCUUGGAAUAAAUUGCUAGCAAAGUAUGAUAAUCAUCGAUUAUUCAUUAGUGCUCACUUGGACAGGCUACUAAAUAUUCCUAAAAUCAGCUAUAAUUCGACUGCUCAACUUCAACAGUUCAUUGAUUCGGCAAGUGAAUCAAUCACUGCACUUAAAGGUCAACAAGUCAUUCUUGGCGAGAGUGAUGAAAUUCUUCUCACUCAUUUACUUAUCUCCAAGCUAGACAGGUAUACGCAAAAAGCUUGGAACACCACCCUGCGAUCAUCAACAGAUUAUCCAACAUUCAAACAGCUUUCCAAGUUCCUGGCUGAUCGCUCACGAUCACAAGAACGGUUCAACACUUCAUCUCACAACACUGGAUCAAAUCACAACCACAUUCACCGCAUCAACUCGUCAAAGCAAGAUGUUGCUAGCUCCAGCACAUUGGUGGACAGUCAACAUCCAUCAAGACACUUAAUUAAUGAUGACAAACCAUUACGCAAGGCAACAGCAAAUCAGUAUCCGUGUGAGUUAUGCAAGGCUUCUCACUUCAUUGUGCACUGUCCUCAAUUUAAUAAGUUCACAUCAACUCAACGAGCUCUGGUUGUCAUCAACAAAGGACUGUGUCCAAAUUGCCUUGGACGUCAUAUUCUACAAUCGUGCAAAACAGCACUCAGGUGCAAGGUCUGCCACCUAAAACAUCACACCAUGAUUCACCAUGGACUUGUCCAUGUGCAGUCAACCAAUCAACCAACGUCAGCUCAGGAUUAACCACGAUCAAUGUCAAGGCUGAUUGAUCGCUUAACCAGUACUCACCUCUACUAGCUAAAUCAUCAGGAUCAACGUGCUGAAAAUCAUCGCUCAAAUACUGAAGUCGUUAGACAGUCAUCACGAAUCAGAUAAGUACUCUUCCAAUUACACUGGUGUAAUUUCGUGCUCUAAUUUCGUUUCAUUUCAGAAUUUCUGACCAAGGAAGCAUUUCUGAAAUACUGAGGCAAUAUACAUCAUCAUAAUCUCCAGCGAUUCAUCUGUAACGUGAUGCAUCCAUUCAUCCUACGCUCAAGCUUGACCUCAUUGAUACGUCAAGUUUUACCUGGUCACUAGACACCUGAUUCACUCAUGGCGGGCGGAUUGCUGCCUAAUUACACCUGCAAUCACUUUCUCGGAAUCACUUCACCUCUACGCAUCGACUAUCAGUGCUUUAGUCUAGAUGCAUUCAACUACAUCGCAGCAGUUAAGCAAUACUCUUAGUGAGAGUAAAUUUACACACAAUAAAUUCGGAUCAACCACUCAGUCAGGAUGUCGAUCAUGAUAACAACCAGCACAUUGAUUCUUGAUCCAGCUCCAGUUAAACUCUUCACCGAGCAUUCAUCAAUGGAAAUCCUAUAACAUAUCAGAAAGUUUUACAUUCAAGAUCCACUUGGGCAUUUUAUUCAUACUCGACUCAGGAUCACGGUGCAGGACCACGAUUCAACACUCCUCUAGGACAAUCCAAGGACCACGGUCUUGGAACAAGACUCAUAGAGAUCUAGCCUCAACUAGCACCACCAAGAUGGAUCUACACACUCGUCCACGUACUCGCGAAAUCGAAUUCCAAUCCCUGGAAUUAACACGGAGGAACACGACGGCUUCUGUGCAUCAAAACGUCCAAUCAAGAUCACUCACCAUGAAGUUACGCUGCUUCAUGUACAUCCAGUAAUCUCAUGACAGAUUGAGACAUAACUUGAUGUCACUAUUGAGUUGGCAUACUCAUAUUCGCCAAGAGAAUAUUCAAUCAGACCUGUUCACGUAAUCAAGCCAACUAACUCAAUGGACGUAACUUACACGUGGAGUUAUCAUACCUUGAAGUUGAAAAUUCCUAAUCAGAGCAUUGUGUCAAUCCAACAUCAUCUCCAGUGGCCAAUGGAGAUCAACAUCUGGAAGGAAUCACUCAACGGAUAGUGUUACUCGUACUCAUCGAGGCUUUCGUCGGCUCAACAGUCACUUGACUUUGUGGUGGUCUGGCCCACCAACUGCUCACU